AACACCGCUCACAACACAAUUUUGAGGUUAAAUUCGCCAAAUAAUUUAAAGAGCCAUGUAAUCAAAAUUUUUACGUUAAAACCGAACCAAAAACACCCAGCAAUCUCAAUGAAGACCCAGGCAAAAACCAAGACUGAAACUUUACAAAUUAGAAAAUGAAACCGAGACCAGUAUUGACCGACUACCUCCUUAAGCAUUGGCUACUCGUCGGUAUUUUUAUAUGCAUACUCCUGGCUAGUAUUUACCCUUCUUUAGGAGCCAGAGAAGGCCCGCUUAAGCCGGAGUACACCGUCAAGUACGGAGCAGUAUCCUUGAUAUUCUUCGUGAGUGGGCUGUCGAUUAAGACGGAGAGCGUGCGCCACACUCUCCAGCAGCACUGGUUGCACUUAUUCGUACAGUCGUUCACAUUCGUUUUCAUUCCAAUCUUCGUGCAGACGCUCGUUAUUUUUUUAAACAUUUUUAGAAUAGAUAAAUGGAUUUUGAAGGGUCUGGUAACCGUCGCGUGCAUGCCGCCGCCCGUCUCAAGUGCCGUUAUACUAACCAAAGCCUCUCAGGGUAACGAAACCGCUGCAAUUUUUAAUUCUGUUUUAGGUAGCUUUUUUGGUAUUGUCGUGACGCCGCUGCUGCUGCUGUUUAAUUUGGGUUUCACAACUGUCGUACCACUAAUGGGAACCAUUGUGCAGCUUUCGGUGUCCGUGUUAUUGCCUUUACUCGCCGGCCAACUGGUCAGGCGCCACACCGAAUUUAGGGGCCACAAAUUGCCGCUAAACGCAAUGAGCCAGUCCGCUUUGUUAUUUAUCAUCUACACGACGUUUUGCGAUACGUUCAACGUGCCAGACACCGGACUAAUGGCGACCGAUAUUUUGCUAACAAUGUUUAUAGUGCUGGUAGUACAAAUGGUUUUGCUCGCCGUCAGCUUCACCGUUGCCAAAUCUGUGCGGUGCUUCAGUCCCGCCGACGUCGUAUGCGCAGUGUUCUGUUCGACUCACAAGUCGUUGACGUUAGGUAUCCCGAUUCUGCGCAUUAUGUUUCACGGAUUUUCACAUCUAAGUCACAUCAGUUUGCCACUGCUGGUCUAUCAUCCUACGCAAAUGAUUCUCGGCGGGUUGCUGGUUACGCACCUGAAAGAGUGGAUGUAUUCCCACAAAAGCAAGAAAUUGCCGUUGUAGCGAGAUAUAUGUUAAAUGUUAUAUUUAUAUAUGUGUUUUAUGUAUUUAUAAUAAAAAGCUGAAAGCAGA